AGCAAGGUUCCAACUCUGGACCUGGCUUUUUACCCUAACCCUACCAGUCGUCGUCGUCGGCCGUCGUCUGCUGAGGGUCACAAAUCCGAACCCCUCUGCAGACUCCGGCAACCUACCCUUUCCGGCAACCAAUCCUCUUGGCCGUCUGCAGCAAAGCUUCAUCUGCAAGGCGUCACCGGACCGUAGGUCCUCAGCCUCCUCUUCGUCCGUGUCCUCGAUGUUGGCAGUGAUAAUUUCUUCAUGCAGGAGCAGCACUCAAGCGACGCAAAGAAGGCCCGAGUUACUCCAUCGUGAGCGAGUGAGACCAUUCAGCCCUGUUUCCUUUGUCAGUGACGCCACGCACUGAUGGACUGCAGCUGUUAUUUUUGGCGCUCUUCUUCAGAAACGGUUGCAAAAGCAGUGCCUUGCACUCGACCCUGACCCCCUCUGAUAGGAGUAGGAGGUGCUCAUCGAUUGUCUGAGCCUUCACUGGCGGAGCACUGUCGUCGUGACAGAACUCGUUCAGUUUCUCGUGCGUUGAGUACCUCAAGCUGACCCCUCUGCUGCUGUUCUGUGGACCCAGCCGAAACCCCUCUGCUACUACUAUUCUCCCUCAAGUCGUGCGGUGUGUGCAGUAUUUUUUUUCUCCAUCUCUGUUGCUGUGGUAUUUCUCUACAGCGUGUGUUGCACCCAUGGCCGACCCUAACAAUUCUGCCGCACCCAUGACCAAAUCCAAUGGCCCUCACUCCACUGCCAUCAUCACGGAACUAACCACCAGAAGAAUGAAAUUUUGAAUAAAACUUCAGCCCCUACCCAGAUCAUUGAAGGUGUUGCUGCUCCAAUUGGUAUUAAAUUGGAUGGUUCCAAUUAUGCUCUUUGGUCCCAAGUUGUCGAGAUGUAUAUCUCCGGCAAAGAUAAGUUGGGAUUUUUCAAUGGCGAUAUUACCCAACCUCCACAGACUGAUCCAUACUUCCGAAAGUGGCGCACAGACAAUGCCAUUGUCAGGGGAUGGCUAAUUAACUCCAUGACCCAUGACUAAUCGGAAACUUUAUUCAGUUUCCAACUGCAAAACAGGUAUGGGACUCCACUUAUUUUGACGGAAGUGAUACAUCCCAGGUAUAUGACCUCCGGCGGCGUGUAACUCGUCUAAGACAAGCGGGUAGCUCUGUUGAGAAAUAUUUCAAUGAUCGUCAAGGAUUAUGGUGUGAGAUUGAUUUUCGUCACCCAAACCCCAUGAAAUGUGCUGUUGAUAUUCAGCACUUUAACGACAUGCUUCAAUAAGACCGAGUGUAUGCCUUCUUGGAUGGCCUAGAUGAUAGACUUGAUAACAUUCGCAGCGAUAUAUUACAAAUGCGACCAUUUCCUACAAUUGAACAAGCAUAUGCCCAUGUUCUCCGGGAAGCUGUCCGGCAAGCUGUUAUGAUCACCGGUGGAUCCACCAAGACUCAAGGAGCAGUUCUGGCCUCAAAAAGCUUCAAGACUAGACAUUCAACUUCAAAUUCUACCCAAUUUCUAUCUCUGGGCAAUGGAAAGACUGGAACCUCUUCCAAGAAGAAAGUCUCUCCUUCAAAUGGCACCAAGUGCUCCCAUUGCGGUAAUCUGAAAUAUAGCCAGGAAAAUUGCUUCAAACUACAUGGAUAUUCUGAUUGUUGGAAUGAACUUCAAGCAAAAAAAGGCCGAGAGGUUACUGAUGGAGGAACAGAUCAGGUUGCACUAGCUGCAGCCAAGCUGAGACUCUCCCUCUCGGAACCAGGAUUUUCUUACCAAGGAGAUCAUUGGGCAUGGUACUAAAAGAGGGGGGGCUCUAUUAUGUUGACAAUUUUAGUAUGGGUCGUGCACAUCUUAUGCAUCCUCCGAUUGACAAGAAAGAGCGACAAAUUUGGCUUUGGUACCGUCGGUUAGGGCAUCCGUCCUUCAGUUAUAUGAAAUAUUUGUUUUUGGAUUUUUUUUUUUUCAAUAUUUUGAUAUUUUAUUUGAAAUGUGAGACUUGCAUUCUUGCUAAACGUCAUUGAGUUGCUUAUCCUUUAAGUAUGAAUAAAAGUACUGUUCCUUUUGCUUU